AUGAACACGAUCCGUGUCUCGAUCGCGAUCAUCAUCACGAUCUUCGCGAUGCUGCCCGCAACCACCAGCGCCCAAACCGGAACCCCCGCAACCAACGCCUUCACCUUCCAAGGACAGCUCAACUUCGAGGGCUCACCCGUCAACACCACCCUGCAAGUCAGCUUCCGCCUCUUCAACACCCCCACAGGCAACGGCAUAAACGACGUCAUCUCCGAUGAACUCAUCCGCAACGUCCACUUCGACGCCAAAGGACGUUUCGCCGUCCUCCUCGACUUCGGAGACACCUACAACGGCUAUCAAAUCUUCAACGGCGACGAACGCUACAUGCAGAUCACCCUCCUCGACCCACCAGGCGGAAUCGAAGAAGACUUCCCCCUCUCACCCCGCACCAAACUCAACGCAACCCCCCUCGCCGCCUACGCCCUCAACGCGCGCAUCCCGUCCUUCUCCGAAAUCUCAGAAGGCACCCUCGAAAGUACAGACAACCAAGGCAGUCUCGCGCUCAACACCCUCGACGACGACCUCGGACUCACCAUCCGACCAAACGGAGGCGUAGGCACCCUCUUCACCUACUCCGGGAUCCACCCAACCAACCCCUUCGAGAUCACCACCACCCAAGGCCCACUCUCACUCAAAGCCGAACAAGACGACCUCACCCUCACCAGCAGCGUCGGAGACAUCAGCCUCAGCGCCGAGCUCGGAAAGCUCGACAUCUCCUCAAGCCAGCGCCUCUCAAUCUCGAACCCCACCUUCGGUUCAAUCGCGCUUGAACCAAGCGGACUCAAUAUCGACGCCGCCAUCCUCAACCUCGACGCCUCCUCAUCAAUCGACAUCAACGGCGCAUCAGCGCUCUCACUGAGCACCGCCGGACUCCUCUCAAUCACUGCAUCGAUCACCACCAUCAACGGCAACCAGUUCGACGGCGCCAACGUCAUCAUCAACCGUAACCUCCUCGCCACCGUCAACGCCGCCAAACCAGGAGGAGGACCCUGGGCCGUCCUCUCAGACAAACGACACAAAUCAAAUAUCGCCCCCCUCCAAGGCUCCCUCCAAACCCUCCUCGCGCUCAAACCCGUUACCUACCAGUACACCGACCCCACCAACCCGAUGUACCUCGAAGGAACCCAAACCGGAUUCGUCGCCCAGCAAGUGCAAAGCGUCAUCCCCCAAUGGAUCGACCAUUCCCCCGAUGGCACACUCCUCCUCACCCCGCGCGGCUUCGAAGCGAUGGUCGUCGAUGCCCUCCAAGAACUCCGCUCCGAAAAAGACGCACAGAUCCAACAACUCCAGCAAGAGAAUGCAACGCUCCGCGAGACCGGCUGCAAGAGAGAUUCUGUCAAUCAGCAUCAAGCCGCGCGACGACGAGUCGUCUUGCGUGCAGCGGUCUUGCGACCAGUGCUCUUCUUCCCAAUACGACCAACGACCGCCUUGCGUGCCGGGCUCUUGCGAGUCGCGGCCUUGCGAGCGGUCGUCUUGCGUCCAGUGGUCUUCCGAGCAGCAGUCUUGCGUGCUGUGGUUUUGCGUGCCGUGGUCUUGCGAGCGGUCUUACGAGCAGUCGACUUGCGUGCGGUGCUCUUCUUCGCGGCCGGCUUGCGAGUGCUCUUCUUUGCCACAGUCUUACGAGCUGUAGUCUUGCGAGCAGUGGUCUUCUUCGCAGCGGUCUUCCGUGCUGCCGUCUUGCGAGCGGUGGUCUUCUUCGCAGUCGUCUUACGAGCAGCAGUCUUCUUAGCCGCAGGCUUACGAGUCGUUGCCUUCUUCACAGUCUUGCGUGCUGCAGGCUUGCGUGUUGCAGUCUUCUUCGCAGUGGUCUUACGAGCAGCUGGCUUGCGAGUCGUGGUCUUCUUCGCUGCUGGUUUGCGAGUUGCUGACUUCUUCGCGGUGCUCUUGCGAGCAGUGGUCUUCUUCGCCGCAGUCUUCUUUGCUGCAGGCUUGCGAGUGGUAGUCUUCUUCGCAGCAGUCUUGCGUGCUGGUGACUUCUUCGCAGUGGUCUUACGAGCAGUGGUCUUCUUUGCCGCAGUCUUGCGAGCGGUGGUCUUCCGCUUCGCCGCAGGCUUCUUCGCAGUGCUCUUGCGGGCCGCUGGCUUCUUAGUAGUCGAAGCCUUGCGGGUGGUUCGUUUCGCCGUCGAUUUCUUCGCCGGGUGUUUCUUGGUUCGUGUUGCCAUGACAGUUCUCCGUAUGCCCGAUGCUUCCGGGCGCGUGUUCCAAUACCGCCGGAGUUCCGUCCCCGGCAUCAAUCGCCUAUCAACAACGACAGGCAUACCGCACCAACAGAGGUGCAGCCCCGUUUUCGACUUUCCAAGGUCCCCAUAUCAAGAACCAAUACCAAAAUUAUAA